AUAUUGUCUGUCUCUGUCACUUUCAAGCGCCCAUUGCGGUGUUGCAGUCAGUCCUUUGAGUUACUCUCAAGCUUUCUUUGUGUGUUGGAAUAGCGGCAAGCCUGCUGAGGACGGGUGAAUAGUAGCAGCGUGUGUGCUAACAUUUCUUCUUGUGCGUCCGGGAAAAAAUUAGUUAACGUCCGUUUGUUACAACGAACAGGAGCGAAUUAACGUAACAGAGAUACGAAAAAACUACGCACCGAGGCGGAGUAAUAUGAGUAAUGCAGCCAACCAAAAUGGAUCAGGUCUAGAGCAGCAGUUAGCUGGUCUGGACUUGCAGGACUCCCGCCAACCAAGUGGGGGUCGCUACGUACCACCGCAUUUACGCAAUAAAUAUUCUAACGGAUCGUCUGGUGGGGAGGAACAACCCUCAUUGAACUCACGUUUUGGAGAUAGAGAUCGUGAGCGUGCACGUGAUCAAGACAGAGAAAGAGAUAGAGGUGGUUAUAGAGACGCUCGGCUUAGCCGAGAUGUUGAUUUCGGUAACUUUGGGGGACGUAAUCGACGUAAUCAAGAAAAUGGAGGACGAGGAGACUACCGUUCUAGUGGAUAUGCAGACCGUGAACGGGAUCGACCACCAGUGGGAAAUGACAGAUGGCCUGAACAGAGAAAUGAUCGUUGGCAAGACAACAGAAUUGACUCGCGUUCCAUGGGAAACAGAUGGAAGGAUGAAUCAGAUCGUUCCGGAAGAGGAAAUAGAGGUGAGGUCGAUUGGACAAUUCCCACUGCCAAAGACGAACGACUCGAGUUGGAGUUGUUUGGAUCUGGAAAUACUGGUAUUAACUUUAGCAAAUAUGAGGAUAUCCCAGUUGAGGCCACUGGAGACAAUAUACCAUCUCAUAUCACAUCCUUCGAUGAAGUUAAGCUGACAGAAAUUAUAAAGAAUAGCAUUAAUUUAGCUGGAUAUGAUACACCAACGCCUGUUCAAAAAUAUGCAAUUCCUAUAAUCAUUAAUCGUCGUGAUGUGAUGGCCUGUGCUCAAACUGGCUCAGGUAAAACAGCGGCAUUUUUGGUGCCAAUAUUAAAUCAGAUUUACGAAAGUGGUCCACGUCCACCUCCACCACAAGCUGGUAGUGGAAGACGUAAACAAUACCCUCUGGGUUUAGUUUUAGCUCCAACACGAGAAUUAGCAACGCAAAUCUACGAUGAAGCACGUAAAUUUGCUUAUCGAUCUCGUAUGCGACCUGCAGUUGUCUAUGGAGGGUCUAAUAUCGUUGAUCAAAUGCGUGAACUUGAUCGUGGAUGCCAUUUAUUGGUUGCUACUCCCGGUCGACUUGUGGACAUGCUUGGCCGUGGUAAAAUCGGACUGCACAAUUGUCGAUUUCUAGUUCUAGAUGAGGCUGACCGUAUGUUGGAUAUGGGUUUUGAACCUCAAAUUAGACGUAUUGUUGAAGAAGAUACGAUGCCACCAACUGGUGAAAGACAGACACUCAUGUUUUCUGCUACGUUUCCUAAGGAAAUACAAAUGCUAGCACGCGACUUUCUCAGCAAUUAUAUUUUCCUCGCUGUUGGUCGUGUUGGUUCUACUUCUGAGAAUAUCACUCAAAAAAUAGUGUGGGUGGAAGAACAAGAUAAAAGAUCGUAUUUGCUAGAUCUAUUACAAGCUAAUGUUUACGAUGAUCCAACGGAAUCUUUAACUCUUGUGUUUGUAGAAACUAAAAAAGGUGCGGAUAUGCUCGAAGAUUAUCUUCAGAAUUUAGGAUACCCAGUGACAAGUAUUCAUGGUGAUAGAUCACAACGUGAACGUGAAGAUGCUCUUAGACGAUUCCGUGCUGGUAAAGCACCGAUUCUCGUUGCUACUGCGGUAGCAGCACGUGGUUUGGACAUUCCACACGUGAAGCAUGUUAUUAACUUUGAUCUGCCCAACGAUGUUGAAGAAUACGUCCAUCGUAUUGGUCGUACAGGUCGUAUGGGAAAUCUCGGUCUUGCUACUUCGUUCUUCAAUAAUAAAAAUCACAACUUAGUGCGUGAUUUAGUGUCAUUAUUAAUAGAAGCUAAUCAAGAGCUUCCACAAUGGUUAGAAACCAUGUUUACUGAAUUUAAACAUACUGGUGGAGCUCGCAGACCUGGUGGUGGAGGAACGAAAAAUGGCCGCUUUGGAAGCGGAGGCUUUGGAGCCAGGGAUUAUCGUCAACAGACUAACUCUGGUAUGGGUAGUAGAAAUGGACCUUCUAGUAGAAAUGGCCCUAAUGGUUAUGGAGGUGGUGGAUAUGGAGGCAGUGGAGGAUAUGGGGGCAACUAUAAUUCUUCGUAUAAUUCAAGCAACAACAGUAACAGUAUGAGUGGACCUGAUUGGUGGGGAAAGUAAAUGAUUUUUAACAAAAAUUUCGUCGCCCUUUAUACUAUUAAUAUCAUCAUUAAUAUUAUUCAUUAUUAUUGCUAUGAUUAUUACUAUUAUUAUUAUUAUUAUUAUUAUUAUUAUUAUUAUUAUUAUUAUUAUUAUUAUUAUUAUUAUUAUUAUUAUAUUAUUAUUAUUAAUUCUUCGUGAAAAGUUAAAUUAUAAGUAAGCCAGCGGCACAUGCAAGAACGAUAUAUUGCAAUUUCAAGAAAAAAAAUAUAUUCAUAGAAAAUAACAGAGACGGGCAGUGUAUUGACAGAUAACAUUCAAAUUUUCACUGGUCACGUUACGUUAAGUUUGAAUAGUUGAAAAUAAAAAAAAAAGAAGUUAUCAACUAAAUUAACACAUAGUCUCAAUUACUCGGUAAAAAUAUUUGUUUUUACGCUAUAAGCGGCCGAGAUGAUCCCAGUGUUUCAUUUAGAUGAUUAAUAUUAGUUGAUCAUGAAGAAUUUUUGGGAUUCUAUUUUGGAUUAUAAAUGAAAAAUUUAGAUCAAUUUCAUAGACUCAUUUAGUUCAUUCAACUUUUUGAAGUUGAUAAAAUAUUUCACAUAUAUCUAUUAUAGAUCAAUUGCUUACUAACCAAAUUUCAUUAAUCGUUAUUGCCAUUCUGAAUCAUACAAAUUGAUACAGUAAAUAAUAUCAAUUUAGUUGAAUUUUUUUUUAGCUAUUUCCCAUUUACUUUUACGGGACACGUUGGCUUUAUUAUUACUAUUAUUAUUAUCUUCAUUAUUAUUAAUAUUAUUAAAUUUAAAAUUGAUUUGUUGCAUGAUUUACGUGUGUGCUUUAUAUAUUUUUUGUCAAAGUAUUUGUUUUAUUCUUGCUGAUAAUUAUUAUUGUUGAGUAAAGAAGGAAUACUAUUAUUGAGAACAGAUCUGUCAUAAAUAAUUAAUGUUAUAAAAAAAAAUUAAAAUGUAAUAGUUAAAAAUUUGCUAAGAAUUGUACUCAAAGGAAAAAAAAAAAAAACAAAUAGAGCACACAUGUUGGAUCAUAAGAUAAAUUUCUUUAAGUAUCUAAUAUAACUUAAUUUCAAAUUUGAAGGUAGUCGAUGAAUGGUACUGUGUUGUUUUACCGUUCCCACGGAAGAAAAAAACUACAAACAGUAUACGGAAUGUGUAGAAAACUAAAAAUGAUACAGAUUUGUUACGGUUAAGCAACACUGAAAGCGCAAAAUGUUCAUUAAAUAAUAGAGAAAAAAUUGAGGGAAUAAAAAUAGUUUAAAGUUUUAAACUGCAGGAUAAAUGACUAGAGAAGGGUUGAAUUAAGAAUUAAAAUUCCUGCUUAUACAUUCGUAUUAAAGAAAAAAGACCAACAAAGUAAUGAAUAACAAUUAAAGAGUAGUAAUCUAUAGUAAAGAAAAAAAAAAAAAUUAUCGAAAAAUCUAUUUCAACUGUCUGAAGAGAAUAAUGCUUCUACCUCUUAAUGGACAGUAUUUCUUCUUUAUUAAUUCUGAACGUUCAUUAUCAAUAAAUAGUAGUGAAGAUUUUUAAAAACAAAACAUUUGAAUUUAAUUAAAUUAAAUCAGUAAAUAAACAAAGACGUUUAUACACACAAAUAGAUAAGCAAAACUCUGCAAGGAAACGAUGGCUCGUUACUACACUAAGAAGGGACAAUGAAAUUGCACUAUAAAAUACGGUUGCAGUUACAGGAUUAAGGAAGAUGUAAUAAGAUAAAUAUCAGAAAUAAAAGAAAAAAAUAAAUAGAAA